AAAACAGACGAUAUCAUACUAUCCGGUAACGGCGUCACCGUCGUCUCAGGCUUCCCCUCUCGCCAUCAACAACCGUCGUCACUACGCCACUCCCUCCGCUACCUCCCCAAGAUGGCCUUGGCUUCCCAUCACCCCUCGUCUCUCCCUCCGGCGACCUUCCUCCUCCCCAAGUCGCCGAAACGAUCUCGUCUUCCGAAGCCCUUCUUGCUCAGGGUCGCUCCUCCUUCCUCGUCCUCGUCCUCCUCCUCUCCGGAUCCACCCGGCUCCGAACCGCCCUCCGAACCCGCGGCUCCGGCGGACCCCGUCAAGCUCGCCUUCGAAAAAGCCAGGGUGUACCGGAAGUCGCUGCGUUCGAAGCCGGAGGGUGAUCUCGAGGCGAGCGCGGCCGUGGCCGGGAGCCCUAGCGAUGAGAGUUACGGUCGCGACGGUUCGGCCGAUGCCGGUAGAAUCGCCAUGGCCAAGGCGAAAGAGCAUGUCUUGGAAAGCGACGCCGAUUCAGGCUUGAAAGGUAGAAAUGGAGGGAAAAUUGGUAAAGCAAAUUUGGAGGAAAGAACGAGUAAGGAACAGCAGCUGGUGGUUUCGGGCAUCGACUUUGUGGGGCUCGACUUUGCAGACAAGAAAAGGACCAGGGGACUUCCGCCUGGUUUGAUUCCGGCGAGUGACCCUUUUCCAGAAGGAGACGUACCUGAGGUGGAAAUCAUUCUCGGGGACACCACCAAAUUCAAUGACGCGACGGCGGUGAAUCCUGCGGUCGCGCCACCCCAAGAAGAUAAUUCGGAUCUUUACAAACCCAAAGUUUCGACUUGGGGUGUCUUCCCAAGACCAAACAACAUAUCCGAGACAUUUGGAGGUGGAAGGACCAUUCGCCCAGGGGAUGUGCUGGAAACAGCUGAAGAUAGGGCUGCUAAAGAUGCACGCACUAGAGAACUUGUUGCUGCUUACAAGAGAAAAACGGGCUUAAAUAUUGAUGCAAAGUUGAAAGCUGAGUGUGAGAAGGCUCUGAAGGAUGGUGACUCUCUGAUGGAUGUUGGAAAACUUAAGGAAGCUUUACCAUUUUAUGAAGAGAUCAUGAGUAAGCUGCCAUUUGAGAGUGAACUUCAUGGAUUAGCUGCAUUGCAGUGGUCCAUCUGCCAGGAUUCACUUGCCAGAUCAAAUGAGGCUCGUAUGAUGUACGAGAAGCUUCAAUCUCAUCCAAAUGCUAAAGUCAACAAGAGAGCCAUGCAAUUCAUGUUCAGCUUCCAGGCCAUGGAGAUGAUGAAGGUAAGAAGCUCAAAGCUCUCUGCAGAGAGCAUAGGCUACCAAAACUACUUCGAGGCCUUCAUUGAAGACAAAAGCAACUAUCCACUUGACAAGGAUGAAGAAGUCGAAGAAGGUGCACUCUCUCAAGCCUUUCCCUACAUAGUCUUUCUUCUCUCACCCAUUUUUGUUGUGCUUUUUAUUGCUGUCCAGAGAGGAAUAUAGUCUCUGAAGAUUGUAGGGUUACCUUUUUGUUUCUCUUUUCCCCUUUUCUUAUUUUGGAGUUUUAAUGUAGAUUAAUCAUCCAAGUUGUUAUUUCCACCUGGGUUAUUGUUCUUACCUACCUCUCUGGAGUUAUUAUAUAUAGAGAAUCGGGAAGCACUUCUUGCUUAGAAUUUUCUUUGUCACAGUAGAAUUUUAGGAUGAUAAACAGUUGCACUUUUUUCAAUGGAUGCUUGAAGUCACAUGAAGAUUCUGGGCCA